AUGGAUUCAAAGUUAAUUAAUUUCAUUAAAGUCGAUGGAGACAAGUUUGAAGAUAAAUCAAUUGAAUUUAUUAAAGGUAUAAUUAAAGAAUCAAUUAAUAGUAGAAAUAUUGCAGUCGUUGGUUUAUCAGGAGGAUCAACACCAAAACCAAUUUAUGAAAAAUUAGGAAAUGCAGAUGAAAGUAUUCAAUGGGAAAAAGUUUUUUUCUUUUCAGUUGAUGAAAGAUAUAUUGAAAAAGCAAGUAAAGAUUCAAUUUAUGAUUUAAUUAGUAAAUCAAUUUUCUCAAAUCGUAAGCAAUUAUUAGACAGUAAUUUCGUUACACCAGAUACAUCACUUCCAUUAAAAGAUUGUAUUGCAAAAUAUGAACAAGAUUUAAAGAGUUUAAUUUCAAAGAGUGGUAAUGCACCAGAUUUAGUCACUUUAGGUAUGGGCGAAGAUGGUCACAUUGCUUCCAUUUUCCCAAAUGCCUCAAUCUCACCAGUAGACCAUAAAGAAUUAGUCUAUCACACCACCACUGAACGUUUUGCCAUUUUUGAUCGUAUAACUACAAAUAUCAAUUUCCUUUCAUCUGCAAGAAAUAAAGUAUUCUUUAUGUCUGGUGCAAACAAAAAAGUUGUUUGGGAUGAAAUGUUUGGUUCUCAAGAAAAUAUCAAUAGAUGGCCAGCUCACUUAAUCAUUAAAUCUGGUAAUACAAAUGUAAUUUAUAGAGAUUAA